AUGACGUUAAACUUGGAGCGUGUGGUCGCAUCGAAAACCCUGCCAACGGUUCUGCGUUAUGCAGCGCUGACAGCAGCAGCUGUAUUAGCUUUUGCGAUCCGUCUGUUCAGCGUCGUGCGUUACGAGCCUGUGAUCCACGAGUUUGAUCCCUACUUCAACUACCGCGCCACACGUGUUCUUGUCGACAAGGGUCUAUACGAGUUCUGGAACUGGUUUGAUGAUACAUCUUGGUACCCACUUGGUCGAGAUGUGGGUGGUACCGUGUACGCUGGUACUAUGUACAGCGCCGCCUUGGUCUACUGGGUACUGCAAGCACUUGGUUUCCCCGUCGACGUGCGCUACGUUUGCGUCUUCGUAUCGCCACUGUGGGCAUCGUUCACAACGCUUAUUACGUACGCCUUUACAAACGAGUUGACUGAACAAAAGGACUCAAUUGCGGGCCUCUUUGCGGCAGUUUUCGUUGCCAUUGUGCCUGGCUACAUUUCGCGGUCAUCGGCCGGAGGAUUCGAUAACGAGUGCGUGGCGAUUUUCGCGCUGAUGAAUACCUUCUAUCUUUUCAUGAAGGCGGUGAAUACCGGUGCGCUGCAGUGGGCGCUUGCGUGUUGUCUCGGCUAUCUUUACAUGGUAGCAUGCUGGGGUGGCUAUAUCUUCAUCAUCAACUUGAUUCCAAUCUAUGUCAUCGUCAUGAUACUAGCUGGGCGGUAUUCUCAUCGGAUCUAUGUCGCCUAUUCUACUUUUUACAUCCUCGGCACGUUGUUAUCCAUGCAGAUACGCUUCGUUGGCUUUCAAGCCGUGCAAUCGGCAGAGCACAUGCUCGCUGCUGUCGUCUUCCUGGCGCUGCAAGUUUAUUGCCUUGGGCAAUGGAUUCGCUCCAUUGUCGCCGAACAGGUCUAUCACGCAUUUGUGCGUUAUUUUGUUAUAAUCGUUGGAUCCGCUUUUGCAGGGCUCGGGGUACUGCUUCUGGCCGCAGGUUACAUUCAGCCGUGGACGGGGCGCUUCUACACGCUGCUGGACCCAACGUAUGCGAGCAAACAUAUACCCAUCAUUGCGUCGGUGAGUGAACACCAGCCAACGGCAUGGUCGUCGUAUUUUUUUGAUUUGCACUUUCUGACUGUGCUAGCGCCACUCGGUCUCUACUACUGCUUCCAAGAACUGACGGAUGCAACACUCUUUGCCAUCCUGUAUUUCGUUUUUGCAGUCUAUUUUUCUGGGGUUAUGGUUCGACUCAUGUUGGUGCUGGCGCCUGCUGCAUGCGCAAUGGGUGCUGUUGGCACAAGCCGUCUCCUGCAGUCCUUUGCUGUGGACUUGAAAGCUGAACUUGCUGAACGCAAUUGGAUUCCAUGGAUCAGCGAUAUGCAGCAGGCGAGCAAUGCGUCGCCUGGCAAAAAGCACACUGCCGGUGCAAGUAGCACCAGCAGCACGAGCGGCAACCGGGGUCGCGUCACGGGCAGCAGUCAGGGAAACAAUCGGGCGAGCGCGCUGCGCUUGGAGGUUUCGUUGGGGAUCCUCUUCAGCGCACUCCUUCUCGGAAACGCGUACGUCAAGCACUGCGUCUGGGCCGCUUCUGAGGCUUAUUCUUCUCCGUCCAUCGUAUUGGCAGGUCAAGGGCCAUCUGGCAGGUUCCUCAUCGACGAUUUCCGAGAAGCCUACUACUGGCUGGGGUCCAACGCAGCGGCGGACGCAAAAAUUGCCUCCUGGUGGGACUACGGCUACCAGAUCGCAGGUAUGGGUUUCCGCACGACCAUUGUGGAUAACAACACCUGGAACUUUACGCAUAUUGCAACAGUUGGCAACAUGCUCAGUCGACCAGAGAAGCAGGCAUACCAAAUAGCGCGUAUGCUGGACGUUGACUACGUGCUGGUCAUAUUUGGCGGCCUGAUUGGAUACGGUGGCGACGACGUGAACAAGUUUCUUUGGCCGGUACGCAUUGGCGGCUCAGUUGAUCCAACGCUUCGUGAGGCGCAGUUCCUCACUCGAAGGGGUGAGUUUCGCCUCGACGAAGAGAUGGCUCCAGCGAUGCGAGAGUCACUUCUGUUUAAGCUCUGUUACCAUCGUUACGGUGAAAUCAGCAACGGCUAUGAUCGCGCUCGGGGUUAUCGGGUAGCGCAUUUGGACGUCAGGUUGGAACUAUUCGAAGAGGCAUUCACAUCCGAGCAUUGGAUCGUACGAAUCUAUCGAGUGAAACCGCCAAGCAACCGCGGUAAUGUAGCAUGGUGA